AUCAUCAUUUGUUCAGUGAGUUUAAUGAAAAAUGUCAUCGACAUCUUAUGACGUAUAUUACAAUUUUUAAGUUGACAACAACAAAAUGGAAUAUUUCAAAAGUAGCUUAAAAUCUGUCUUGGGUUCUGCAUCUGUAGAAAAUGAACUAUCAGGCGGUGAUACGGUAGAGCGAUUAGUAGACAGGUUACAAUCAUCGACAUUAUUAAAUGAUAGACGAGAUGCUUGUCGAGAACUUAAAACUCUUUCACGAACUUACCGUGUUGAAGUAGGAGCUCAAGGAAUGGAUGCAUUGAGACAAAUUUUAGAAAUGGAUAGAACUGAUUGUGAAAUUAUUGGUUUGGCAUUAGAUACUCUUUGUAAUAUAACAAAUCCCAAGACAUUUGAUGAAGAAGUUGAUAAGCAUGGACGCAAUAAUAAAAUAGGAGAACAAUUUACUGAAAUAUUUAUUAAAAAUACAGAUAGUGUAGGAUUAGUAUUAACACUCUUGGAAGAAUUUGAAUUUAAAGUUAGAUGGCCAGCAUUAAAAUUAUUGAUGUAUUUGUCUACUAAUAGACUAAAAGAUAUACAAGAAAUAAUUUUAGUUAGUCCUAUGGGUGUUUCUAAAUUAAUGGAUCUUCUUGGUGAUAGUAGAGAAGUUAUACGUAACGAUGUUUUAUUACUUCUUAUUCAAUUGACAAAAGGUAAUGCAAAUAUUCAAAAAAUUGUUGCAUUUGAAAAUGCAUUUGAUCGUAUUUUUGAUGUCAUUGCACAAGAAGGUAAUGUAGAAGGUGGUAUUGUUGUUGAAGAUUUAUUACUAAUGUUAAAUCUUCUAAGGGGUAAUAUAAGCAAUCAAAAUUUUUUUAAAGAAGGCAGUUAUAUUCAAAAAUUAACACCAAUGUUUCAAAUAUCAUCUGAAAUUGAUGAUAAUCCUCUAAGUGCAUGGAGUCCACAGAAAGUAUCAAAUGUUCAUUGUAUGGUCCAAGUGAUUCGUGCAUUAGUAGCACCAAGUGGACCUGCACAGGCAGUAUCAAAUUGUCAACGGAUUAUGAAAGCAUGUGGACUUUUACAAGCUUUGUGUAAUAUAUUGAUGGCUAGUGGUGUACCUGCAGAUGUCUUGACUGAAACUAUUAAUACAGUAGCUGAAGUUAUUAGAGGAAAUUCCAAUAACCAAGAAUUUUUAGCUGGAGUAAUGGCACCUAGUAAUCCUCCUAGACCUGCAAUUGUUGUCUUACUUAUGUCUAUGGUAAAUGAAAAACAGCCAUUUGCUUUAAGAUGUUCCGUUCUUUACUGUUUUCAAUGUUUUUUGUAUAAAAAUGAAAUAGGACAAAGUCAACUUAUUCAAACUUUAUUGCCUCAAGGAAAUGAAGUACCAUCAUUGACAACAGGACAGCUGCUAUGUGGAGGUCUAUUUUCUUUGGAUUCUUUAUCAAAUUGGUUUUCUGCUGUAGCAUUGUCUUAUGCAUUGAUCGAUGACAACACACAAAAAGAACAAUUAUUACGUGUAUUGCUUGCAACAAAUAUUGGAAAACCACCAGUAACUUUGAUGCAACAAUGUGUCAUGUUACUGCAACAAGGAAAUAAAACACAAUGCAAAUUAGGUCUUCUAAUAUUACUUUGCAGAUGGAUUGCACAUUGUCUAAAAGCUGUAAAAUCAUUUUUGCUUAUCGAUUCAUCCAUAGCUUAUUUAACAGCAUUAUUGUCAUCACAGGAAAAUAAUGAUGAUUUGCAAGAAACAUUAUUACAAAGUAUGUGUGCCAUGCUUAUUGGAUUGUGUGUACAUUUUAAUGACAACAGUAUUUCUAAUUAUACAAAGGAAAAAUUAUGUAAUUUAAUAGAAAAUAGAAUAGGAUUAGAAAGAUUUCAAGAUGCUAUCAGUGGUCUUGCUAGACAUGAAGUGUAUUCUAGAACUUUAAAACAUCCUCAACCUUCAGCAAAGAAUCCUUCAGAACUUUUAUUAGAUCAUGAAUUUUGUAGAUUAUCAAAAACAUUAGAAGGUGUUAUUAUAAAGUCUGUUCUAGACGGAAGUAGUUUACAUAAUAAAAAUCAAAUAACAACUCCUACAUUACCAGACUCUAUUUUAGAAACACAAUAUAAAGAAGUUAUUCGAGAACAAGAUUCUCAAAUACAGAAACUUAAUCAACUUGUAGAAUCACUCAUUAAAGAAAAACACGAAUUCGAAGCACAGAUACAUGAUCUUCAAUCAACUGUCAGUCAUUUAAAAGAUCAAAAUUUAGUUUUACGAGCAGCACAAACUAAUUCACUAUUAGAAGAAAGUGAAUCCAAUAAUGUUGCAACCAAUGAACUUUGCACACAAGAAAUAGAAAAGAAUAAAACUUUAAUUACAGAAUUAGAAAAUCGUUUAGAAGAAUAUGCAUCAAUGAUAAAAAAAUACGAAAAUGAUUUUGAAUAUAAAAUAAAAGAAAAAUCUGAGGAAUUAGAGAAAUUAAAAAAAGAUCAAGAAGAUCUUUUAGAACUUUUAACGGAACAAGAUAGUAAAAUUAUACUUUACAAAGAAAGAUUGGUUGCAUUAGGUGAAAAAAUUGAAACAGAUGAAAGUUCUAUUGAAAUAGACACUGAUGACCAACCAGAAUAUAUCAAUUCUGUUGAUCGUGUUGAUUGAUGUAAAGAUCUAUAUGACUAAUUUUAAAAAAGAAUUAUAAAAGUAAUAAUAAUGAAAAAAUUUUUAUUUCGAUGA